CAUAUGCUUGAUAUGAAGCUGAAGUAGUUUACUUCUGUACAGAAGGAAUGAGCACUUUGAAUUGGAUGAAAUAGUUUUGUUCUGCUGAAAGGUAACUACGUUAAAAACAAAGUUUAAGUUUGCUUCUCAGAGGUACAGUUCAUACUGAAGAAAGUCUGUUGCCGAAAGACUGUCAUACAUAUAUAUAGAAGCUGCUUUAUAUUUUUAUCAUUUUUAACCACCUGGGGUUCAAAUUGUCCUUUUCAGCUGAAAAGUAGAACAUAAUCUUUGCUGCCUUCAAUGUAAAAUAAAAUGUCUGUUGACAUGCUUCAGGUACUAUAGUGUGUAGUAUACAAAGUGUAUAAAUUGGUCAUAUAUUAUACUGUCUUAUAUGAUACAGUUAAAUUAAAUGGCACAGGAAAGAGUUCAAAGAGGAUUUGGCUGCUUCAACUUCUCUAUGAAUUCAAUAUAAUACUUAAAUACCAUUUUGUCAUAUUUUUCUUGUUUUGAAACACCACAAUAAAAUAACUUAUGACCCAUUGAAAAUGAUAACACCUGGUACUUACAGAACAUAAAUUUACGUGAGAUCAUUCCAAGACCUUUAAAAUGUUAGGUAUGGAAUAGACAUCAUGACUGAUUUAUAAGUUGUGAAUGUAUUGCUUUCAUGGAAAUCAACUUAUACUUUAGUUAGCAACGUGUACUCAUCCAUGGCACAAUUUACUUGUUUCCUCUACCAGAAAACUUUUUAUAUCAAGAAUUGAUAUGGCUCAUUGGUUUAACUUUCACUAGUACUCCUGUCUUUUAUUUUCUUUGUAUAAUCUGAAAUCAGUUUCACUUUCUACAAUGGGAAACAAAUAGCUUAAAAUGGCAGUAAGAACUUUUGUAAUUCUUGUACUUUUAAGAGAUCACGGUUUUUUAUGUGACGUUUUAAUAUCACUUUGCAACUGUUACGAGUUUAUGAAGCUACCUUUUUCCUCUAUUGUGUGUAAAGAAAUAACUUUCCUGUACCAUCUCCUUAUGGCCACUGUUGAUGCCUGUGGGUAUAUAAGUGCACCAACAUCCAAUGAUAUAGCAUUCAGUUUCAAGGAGUACAUCAGAGACCAUUAUGACUCAAGUGGUAAGAUUUUAAUUACUGAUGGCAUUAAUAUACAAAAUAGGUUGUGUUAUUUAUUAAUGAAAAUAUCUUUUAACUGCUUACAGGCAAGUUUGUGCCUAUUAGUAGGAGCAUUUUGCAUUGCUCUAAGUGCAGCUGUUCCAUAUCCUCAUACACUUAAGCUGAUCCCGUUAGUAGAAGACCAACAACUUGAAGAAUCUGCCUUUGUUCCUAGAACAGUUCUCCCAGCCAAUGAUCUUCAAACUGCUGCUACAGGACAUGGUCACUAUGGAAGAGUGCAGAUAAAGGUAUACCGUGGACCAACAACUCAUGGCCACCAUGAUCAUUUUGCACCCCAUGGAUUCUGGGUUAAACAGCCAGCCGAUGAUUACCAUCACUAGUCAAAAACAAUAUCUUACUCUAGCACAACCUCUUAUGUUUAAAAGUAGUCACACGCAUACGACUUUGUUAUGUUUGUAUUUUCUUUUUAUACUUGUUCAAGAAUUUCUUAUUAAAAUAUUCUGAAAUAUA